AUGUCAGGUCUCCAACCCGCUGGCGGCCCAGGCUAUCUGACUGGAGCUCCGGCCCAACCUAUUUCUCUCAAGAGAGCUCGUCGCGACAAGCCGCUGCGCAAAUUCCACAUCCCAUGUCUCGAGAAGAGACUUCCUCUCCCACCCAAACCGCUUCAUGGCCCAGGCGCAAAGAACUACGUUCCUCCAACCGUCAACGACUUCUCCAAGCACCCACCUGGCACCGGUAAAGCCGCCAAGAAAGCCCGUCGCCGCGCUCGAAAGCGUUACGCCAAGAAGGAGGCCAAGGCCAGAGCAGAGGAAGCUACCCGUCAGGCUCUUGCUGCUGGCGAGAUGACCGAAGAGCAAGCCGCAGAUGAGCGCAAGCGCCAAGCCAAACAACUCUACCACGAAGUCAAGCAAGCUAAUGCCAAGGCCGAGAUUGAGCGCAACAUCACGUACACUCGAAGCAUGAGUAAGGCCGCAAAGGACGAAGUCAAAGCUGCGAACAAGGCCAGAGCCGAGGGAGAGAAGAAGGGUGUGCGAGACACUUCUCAUGGCAAGCAGAUGGGCCUCAAGCGUAAGUUUGUUGACCUUGAAGAUAUUGAGGAGGGCUCUGUGCAGAAGGAGUCACAUACAGCUCAGGAGGUCAACAACGCCAACAAGUCCGACAUUGCUUCUACUUCCAACAAGCGGAAGAGAGACGAGGAGGACUCUGUGGUCGCUAGCGGUGCCAAGAAGGUCAAAACCACGCACGACGAUGAUUCAGACGCCUCUUCUGAAGGCUCCGUCUCAAUGGACGAAUCCGAGUACGAUCCCAUCAAGGAUCUUCCCAACGUCCUUUCCAGGCCCGACUCUCUAUUAUCUCUGCCAGAUGAAGUCCUGGAGCGCGUCAUGGGCCACUGCGAUCCCAUCACACAGACAUUCCUCGGCCUUACACACAAACGCUUGGGAAUGUUGGCUAUAGAAGCUGGCGCUGGCUUUCCAGUCAUUCGCGACCGCUACGGCUCCGACAUCGAACGCCACCGCUUCAUGCAGAUGCUCGAAGGCUUCAUGAACCCAGAGUACAUACAGAAACCAGAGACAGACAGCGUCACGGAGAUGAAGGAACGCGAGAAGCUCAAGCAACGCCGUCUCUGCUACAUCUGCCGCAAGUACCUCCCCAUCAACGGCAAGAAGUGCCAGUACUGGAAGAACUGCCCCAAGAAGGCCGCCAUGCCAUACAGUGCUUCAUCUGUGGCUGCGCGUAGGGCCGAGGUAGACCGUCGUAGAGGUACCCCAGCAGCAGGACAGCAGUCUUCGCUUCCUACUCUGCUUCCGGCUCUACCACAGCUACAGAAGGAGAAGCCGGUCGCGCAGACCUUCACCUGGAGAGACGAAGACUGGACGACGUUGAGCUUGGGACUGGUCAAGAGUCGUGAGCGGCUUCCAGAUGUCAAAUAUAUCUGCCCGAAAUGUACUCUGACGGUUCACACGGUGCACUUGGGUUGGCCGCCCGAGACGCCAAUUGUGCGUUGGUUGGAAGAAGGAAAUCCGGCAGGUGGAAAGAUGAACACAGGCCAUGAGCCGUUGAGCGCGGCGGAGUUUGGGGAAGUGGAACUGGAGGAGGACCCCGAUGCUGCGGCCUUGGAAGCUGAGGUUGAGGAGGACGCUGAUGGUGCUUAA